GUGGAGUGGCUCACGGACGCGGCGGUAGCGGUGGAGGAGGUGAAGACGGAGGGAAGUGGAGCGAAGGUGAUGGACUUUAGUGAGAUGUGUGGAAAGGUGGAGCGCGCUGACACCCGGAUUCGCGUCAAGGUAAACAGGCCAGGUUGCUGAACCGUGGCCGCAUGUUCGUGUGGUCCGAGGCUCAGGCACGCCUGUUGCUGGGAGCCCCGCCAGCCCUGACCAGCGGCUCCGAGGCCGACACACCUGUCCAGGAAGGAGAACAAUUCUGCCACCAGGGAUUCGUGGGCGUUCCUUCGCGCGAAGAGAACACUGAAGCCGCCGAGGGUUCCGAUGAGAGAGAGUUGUGGGUUGGAGAGCGACUGCUGGACCUCGGGGCCGGGGACGGGCACGUCACCCAGGUGCUGGGUGGCGGCGCCGCCCACGUGGACGUCACGGAGACCUCAGGCGUCAUGCGUCGGCGACUGCGGGAGAAAGGCUACAGGGUACUGGACGCCUGGAAGUGGGCACAGGAGGCCGGGGACACAAAGUACGACGUGGUGACCUGCCUCAACCUGCUGGACCGCUGCGACACGCCCCGGACGCUGCUCAGCCAAAUCCACGCCAAGCUGGUCCCCGGCGGCACGCUGGUGGUGGCCCUCGUCCUGCCCUUUAACCCCUACGUCGAGACAGGCACGGCAGACAACCUUCCCUCCGAGGAGUUAGGUCUCACGGGCUCGACGCUGGAGGAGCAGGUCAACAGUCUGGCCUCGGAGGUGUUCCCCAGCCUGGGCUACACACUCUCCCGCUGGACGCGCCUGCCCUACCUGUGUGAAGGAGACUUGGACCAGGCCUUCUACUGGCUCUCUGACGUGGUGCUGGUCUUCAGGAAAGCUGCGGCCCAGGGAGAGGGAGACGAGGACGAGUAUUUCCAUGAUGCUCUGGAUACAGUUAAGGCUGAACUCUGAUGCCUGAGUUCUGGCUGGUGUUUUCUGGAUAUUAUAUUUAUUCAUCAAUAUUAAAGCAUUUUGGAA